AUGGCCACGGCGGCUUCUAACCCCUACCUGCCGGGGAACAGCCUGCUGGCGGCCGGCUCCAUUGUACACUCGGACGCUGCGGGAGCCGGCGGCGGCGGGGGCGGCGGUGGGGGCGGUGGCGGCGCGGGGGGCGGCGGUGGCGGCAUGCAGCCCGGCAGCGCCGCCGUGACCUCCGGCGCCUACCGAGGGGACCCGUCCUCCGUCAAGAUGGUCCAAAGCGACUUCAUGCAGGGGGCCAUGGCCGCCAGCAACGGCGGCCAUAUGCUCAGCCACGCGCACCAGUGGGUCACGGCCCUGCCCCACGCCGCCGCCGCCGCCGCUGCCGCCGCCGCCGCCGCAGUGGAGGCAAGCUCGCCGUGGUCCGGCAGCGCCGUGGGCAUGGCCGGCAGCCCCCAGCAGCCACCGCAGCCGCCGCCGCCUCAGGGCCCCGACGUGAAGGGCGGCGCUGGACGCGACGACCUGCACGCGGGCACCGCGCUGCACCACCGCGGGCCGCCGCACCUCGGGCCCCCGCCGCCGCCCCCGCACCAGGGCCACCCCGGGGGCUGGGGGGCCGCCGCCGCCGCAGCUGCUGCAGCUGCAGCCGCCGCCGCCGCCGCGCACCUUCCGUCCAUGGCUGGGGGCCAGCAGCCGCCGCCGCAGAGCCUUCUUUACUCUCAGCCUGGGGGCUUCACGGUGAAUGGCAUGCUGAGUGCGCCCCCGGGGCCUGGCGGAGGCAGCGGCGGCGCGGGCGGCGGUGCCCAGAGCCUGGUGCACCCAGGGCUGGUGCGCGGGGACACGCCCGAACUGGCCGACCACCACCACCAUCACCACCACCACUCGCACCCGCCUCACCCGCACCAUGCUCAGGGGCCUCCGCACCACGGCGGUGGCGCGGGGCCGGGACUCAACAGCCAUGACCCACACUCGGACGAAGACACGCCGACGUCGGACGACCUGGAGCAGUUCGCCAAGCAGUUCAAGCAGCGGCGCAUCAAGCUCGGCUUUACUCAGGCCGACGUCGGGCUGGCCCUGGGCACAUUGUAUGGCAACGUGUUCUCGCAAACCACCAUUUGCCGCUUCGAGGCCCUGCAGCUGAGCUUCAAGAACAUGUGCAAGCUCAAGCCGCUGCUGAACAAGUGGCUGGAAGAGGCGGACUCGAGCACCGGCAGCCCCACAAGCAUCGACAAGAUCGCGGCACAGGGCCGGAAGCGCAAGAAGCGGACCUCCAUCGAGGUGAGCGUCAAGGGCGCGCUGGAGAGCCACUUCCUCAAGUGCCCCAAGCCCUCCGCGCAGGAGAUCACCAACCUGGCCGACAGCCUGCAGCUCGAGAAGGAGGUGGUGCGGGUUUGGUUCUGUAACCGGCGCCAAAAAGAAAAGCGCAUGACGCCGCCUGGGAUCCAACAGCAGACGCCCGACGACGUCUACUCGCAAGUGGGCACCGUAAGCGCCGACACGCCGCCGCCGCACCACGGACUGCAGACAAGCGUGCAGUGA